CAAUGGAAAGAAAAGUAGGCAUCAUAGGAGCAGGAAUUAGUGGUCUAUUAGCAUGUAAAUAUGCCAUUUCUAAGGGUUACAAUCCCAUAGUUUUUGAGUCACGUAGCACCAUUGGUGGUGUUUGGAUCAAAACUUUGGAGGCUACAAAGCUUCAAACUCCUAAACAACUUUAUCAAUUCUCUGAUUUUCCUUGGCCUUCUUCUGUUGAAACAACUUUCCCUAAUCAAAAUCAACUGUUUAGUUACAUUCAAUCUUAUGCUAAACAUUUUGAUUUGCUUAAACACAUCAAGUUUAACACAAAGGUGGUGAGUAUAAAGUAUGAUUGUUUUAAUAAUGAAGAUAUUCUAUCUUGGCCUCUUUGGGGUAGCAAUGAGGGUAAUAAAUGGGUUAUUACCAUGCAAGACCUUACUCAACCAACUCGAGUGAAUCAGGUUAUGCAAGUAGAUUUUGUGAUAUUGUGUCUUGGAAGAUUCAGUGAUCUACCAAAUAUACCAAAGUUUCCCUUAGGCAAAGGGCCAGAGGUUUUUGAAGGGAAAGUGAUGCAUUCUAUGGACUAUUCUAACAUGGAAAAUGAAGAUGCUAGAAAUUUAAUCAAAGGGAAGCGAGUUACCGUAGCUGGCUUCAAAAAAUCUGCAUUGGACAUUGCUAUGGAAUGUUCAGUUGCUAAUGGAGUAGAAUUUCCAUGCACAAUGAUAUGUAGGACUCCUCAUUGGAAUGUAGACGAGUCCUUCACUUGGAAAAACUUGUAUUUGAACCGAUUUUCCGAACUCUUGGUACAUACACCAGGAGAAGGCCCUCUAAUUAAUCUCCUAGCCUCAUUGCUCUCUCCUUUGAGAUGGGGAUUGAGCAAAUUAGUGGAGCGCGAAAUUAAGAAGAAACAACCUCUAGAAAAAUUCGACAUGGUACCGGACUACAACUUCUUACAAGAGAUGAACUCAUGUAUGAUUGUAAGAACUCCAAAAGGGUUUUACAAUAAUGUUGAGAAAGGAAGCAUAGAUUUGAAAAGAUCAACAAAUUUUAGUUUUUACAAAGAAGGUGUUGUACUUGAUGAUAGUAGUGUUGGACAUCCCACACAAUUAAUUAAAAGUGACUUGGUUAUAUUUGCUAAUGGAUUUAAGGGAGAUCAAAAGCUCAAAGACAUUUUUGCAUCUCCCAAAUUUCAAGAGUGUAUUACCGACUCUUUCAAUGAAACAGCUCCAUUAUAUCGGGAAUGUAUCCAUCCAAGAAUUCCGCAAUUAGCAGUAAUUGGAUCUACAGAGAGCAUUGCAAACUUGUACACUUCGGAGUUAAGGUGUCGUUGGUUAUUCGAGCUACUUGAUGGUAAAUUCAAAUUGCCAAGCAUUGAAAAAUUGGAGAAAGAAGUCUUAAAAUGUGAGAAAGUUAUGAAGAGAUACUCUGGCAAAUAUUACAAAAGAUCUUGUAUUGGAGCAGUACACAUCUGGUAUAAUGACCAGCUUUGCAAGGACAUGGGCUUGAACCAUAAGAGGAAAACGGGACUUUUGGCUGAGUGGUUCGAGCCAUAUGGCCCGAUGGACUAUGCUUGAAAUGUAGCCUUGUCGCCUUGACUAUAAGAGUCUUGGGUCAGGUUAUGUUGAACGUUUAGCAUUCAAUGUUAGUUGUCGCAUCUGCCCAUAGCCUAUACUAAAGGAGGGCAACAGAUCUUGGUGAUGAAGCAUGAUGACCCUUUUGUUGCUGUUUUGUUGCUAAAAUACAUUAGACAAUACCUUUGAAAACACUAGGAUUCGAGUUUUAAGCCUUUUUCAUUCUGUCGUGCUUGGCAUUUUGGUAAAGAGUUGCUGUAGAAGUAAGGAUUUGAUGGUAAAGGGACAAGAAUAACUUACAACAUCCAAAGAAUUUUAUUAGUUCCAGCUUUGAA